AUCACAUAUACUGAAAUUAGGAACUUCGAAAAACAAAUGAAGAAAGAGGCUGUUGUACCUGCCAAACUCACAGAGAGCAUGCUAAAUGCAUUAAAGCAGGCCCAAGAACUAGCUACGGCAAAACCAGUUAUUACUGACCUAUUGAACACCUACUCGGAUGAUGAAUAUAUUAGGAAAAUUCAGAAACGUCUUGAGGAGGAUACCUUUGCUCGAGAACAACGGGAGAAGAGAAGGAGAAAGAUGUUAAGGGAGCAACUCAUAGCUCACGAAGCGCAAGAAGAGGCCUAUAGAGAAGAGCAGCUUGUCAACCGACUUAUGAGACAGUCCCAGCAAGAGCGGAGAAUAGCUGUUCAACUUAUGCAUGUGAGGCAUGAGAAAGAAGUCCUGUGGCAAAACAGAAUUCACAGAGAAAAGCAGUUUGAGGAAAGACGCCUCAAAGAAUUUCAAGAAGCUCUUGAUAGGGAAGAGGCUCUUGCAAAACAAGAAAAAAUUGAACUCGCAGAACAGGCCCUUAGAGAAAAACAACUGCAUACAAAACUUGCUGCUGAAAGAGCUGAGGCUCGUUAUAAGAAGCAUUAUGACAUUUGCUGGGAGGUGGUUGAACAAAUCAUUGAUUUAGCAACUAAAAUAGGAGAAUAUAGAACACUGACAAAUAAUUUAAUUCCUGCAAAGAUUAUGCGUGACUGGAAGGAGCUCUUCUUAAAAGGAAAGCCAAUUUAUGAGCAAGCUGACGUCAGCGAUUUGUCAGAUGAGCCAACUCCAGAACAAUUAGUAGAACUGGACAAAAUUAAUUUGCUAGAUGAGAAAGAUUAUGAUGAAUAUAAGGCGAUGGUUGAGGAGUGGUACCCUCCUGAAGAGAUCAGAAUAAAUAAACCACCUCCUGAUAAUGUAAUAUUGGGUCAUGUGAUUCACAGAUUGAUGGGACUUGUCUAUCCCCCAGAACCGGAACCACCACCGUCUAUAUUUUCUCCAUUCCCUCUGAAAGGUUGCAUUUUGGGAAAGCUCUAUAGUGGGAAAACCACCUGCUUAAACUUCUUGGAAAAAGUUUUUAAUAUCCAGGUCCUAUCUCUGGAUGCAUUGAUUUCAGAGGCAAUUAAAUCCUUCCAUGAAAGAGAAAUGUCGAUUGAAAAUCUACUACCAAUCAGAAUGAAAGACUCUUCCUUGAAUCAAAUGCAUGUUCUAAAAGAGGCUUCUAAGGCUUCAUUGAUAGUAGCGAAAACUUAUGAGUCAGCAGAACAGAACAUAGAAAUUGUGGAGCCCAAAGCUUUCUAUUCGUGCUCAGCUUGGUGCAGGAGCAGAGACAUGGUUAAAGAAAGGAAAAAACAUUCCAGAUGAAUUAUUAGUUGGCAUCAUGGUGGAAGCUAUUAGUCGGCUACAGCCAGAAAGGGGUUGGAUCAUAGAUGGAUUCCCAAUGACACUCAAUCAGGCCAAACUGCUUGAAAAAGCAUUGACC